AUGGACGGUAUAGGAUACCACAUUGGAGAAGAUCGAGAGGGGCAUGCAAUCUUGCAGCCUACUCUGCUUUUGACAUUUUUUGCGCACUUUAAAGGCGCUAUUGUUCAGGAUGAGCUGUUCCGUCUGGCAAGCCUUGGCAUGUCUUGCGUCGACAACGAGCUAGGCGACGGAGAGAUUUCUGAACUGCGACAAUUUAUCCAGGUCAACGAAAGGAAAGGGGACAAUUCUCGAUAUCAACGAAGUUUGGAUGUGCUGCUUCGCUACAGUCUAGUGCAACGGGUCAAUGGAGAGUGGCCCGGCACCAGAAUGCAUCACCUGGGUCAGUGGCGGGGCAAUGCAGAGCGACCAAAGUCGACCAUGGCGGUGGCGUCCACCUCCUGGAUAUUCGAGGCUCCCCAGGAACAGAAUCCUGGAUACAGUCCAAAUGUGGGCGUACACACUUAG